AUGCCGGAAGCAUUUAAAGAAGCCGGAGGAGCUGGAGGCGGCGGAGGGCGGCGUUGGAAGAGGGUAUGCGGCGGUAAUGGAGGCGGUGGCGGCGGUGGUGCCGUUAGCCAGUACAUGGUGCCAGGAGCCAGUGGUGGCGGUGGCGAAGGAGGACCUCAUAGUGGCUUCACGCUAGGAGGAUAUGGUGGUGGCGGCUGUGGAGGAGGAGGGUACUUCUCCGCGUCAUGCGGUGAUGGAGAAGCGCAAAGUGUUUACUUCAGCUUUGGUGACUACUUUGGUGGAGGAGGGUACCAGAUCUUCGGAGGAGGUGGCGGCGAUUACACUGGCGGUGGCGGCGGUGGCGGUAUAGGUGGAGCAGCUAACCAGAGCGUGUACUUUGAAGUCAGAGUCGGAGGCGGUGGCGGCGGCGGUGGUGGCGAUGAAUUUGAUGGGUAA